AUGCGCGUCUCCCAUCUCCUCCCCGCCGCCACCCUGGCGGCCGCGCAGGCCGACAAGGCCUUCCAGCUCGCCGACGUCGGCACCUGGUUCGAGAACUUGGCCGUACGCCCGUCGGGCUCCGUCCUCGCCACGCGCAUGGAUGCCCCCGAGGUCUGGCACAUUGACCCCAAGGAAGGCACCGGUUCGGUGCUCGUGACGGUGCCCUCGGCGCUCAGCACCACGGGCAUCACGGAACUGACGCCCGACGUGUGGGUCUUUUCGGCGGCCAACUUUUCCUUUGGCGAGCCCUUUGGCCUGGCCCCGGGCUCCAUGGCCGUGUGGAAGGUGGACCUGUCCGAGGGCGACGAGGGCGCCGAGCCCGAGCUCGUCGCGCGGUUCCCCGACGCCGGGUUCCUCAACGGCAUGGCGACCUGGGACGAGAAGCGCGUGCUCGUGGGCGACACCACCAGCAGCGCCAUCUACCUGCUCGACGUCGAGACCGGCGAAUUCACCACCGCGCUGGACGGACCCGAGGUGGCCGGCGUCAACGGCAUCCGCGUCCACGACGGCGCCGUCUACGCCGUCGCGACGACCAACACCACCCUGUACAAGAUCCCCGUGACCGAGGACGCCGCGCUCGACGGCGAGGCCGAGGUUAUCCUCCAGGGCCUCGGCAUGGACGACUUUGACGUCGCAGCCGACGGCACCAUCUACGCUGCCGUGCCGUCCAGGAACCUCGUGGUCCGCAUCUCCCCGACGGCGAGGUCACCGAGAUUGCCGGAGGCGAGGGCUCCGAUGACGUCCUCGGCCCCACUUCGGUCAGGAUCGGACGCGCCAAGGGUGAUGAGGGCACCGUCUACGUUUCGACGACCGGCAACGGCGCUUUGGCCCCCGGAUGCUACCAAGGAGGCUGCGAGCAUCACUGCCGUCAAGGUUGGCGAGGCCCCCGCGGAAGAGCCUGCUGAGGAGGAGGAAGAGCCAGUUGAGGAGGAGCCUGUUGAGGAAGAGCCCGAGGAGGAGGCUCCGGUUGAAGAGGAGGAACCCGUCGAGGAGGAGCCUGAGGAGGAGGAUUAA